UUAAUCAAGGACUUACAAUACGGUAUACAUAUAUUUUUGUGUAGGGUUUUAACGUGUUGAAACGACCGUUAGUGAAAAGGCGCCGUGUAUUGAGCCGGCAGCCUCCUGUCCUGUAGGGGGCGACUAAACAAUCGUACCGCUCUCAGUCCGGCAGCAGCACCUGGCCGAAGGCGGAAGGCGAAGCCGCGAGAGAGUGGCGUCGCUGCGUCGCUGGAUGACAGUCUUGUCCCGCAACAUGCCCGCAGUCGGCGUGUCUUGGGCCGGCUGUGCGCUCCUGCUCGCCUGCAUCUCCACAGGCCGCGCGCUGUACUUUCAUAUCGGCGAAACGGAGAAAAAAUGUUUCAUCGAGGAGAUUCCUGACGAGACGAUGGUGAUCGGAAAGUACAGGACCCAGCUCUGGGACAAACAGACAGGGUCCUUCCUGCCCUCCACGCCUGGCCUUGGGAUGCAUGUUGAGAUUAAGGACCCGGACACCAAGAUUGUUCUGUCUCGGCAGUAUGGGUCAGACGGCCGCUUUACCUUCACAUCCCACACCCCUGGCGAGCACCAGAUCUGCCUGCAUUCCAACUCCACGAAGAUGGCCCUCUUUGCAGGGGGAAAGCUGAGAGUACACCUUGACAUCCAAGUUGGGGAGCACACUAACAACUAUCCUGAGAUUGCGGCCAAAGACAAGCUCACUGAGCUGCAGCUCCGAGUUCGGCAGCUGCUGGACCAGGUGGACCAGAUCCAGAAAGAGCAGAACUACCAGCGGUACCGGGAGGAGCGUUUCCGGAUGACGAGCGAGAGCACGAACCAGCGAGUGCUCUGGUGGUCCAUCACACAGACUCUCAUCCUCCUUGUCACCGGCGUCUGGCAGAUGCGGCACCUCAAGAGCUUCUUUGAGGCCAAGAAGUUGGUGCACUGGUCACGUUUUGCUGGAGCGGAGGGGAGAACAACUUUCCAAUGGAAAUCGGGAUCCAAAGUCCUCGUUCUUCAAGGACUGCAAGUUUUGUCAGACACAGAGUUGCUGGUGGGAAAUCAAGCCAAAUACUAUGUCCCAAAUAUGCUGUACGGGGGGACUCUGAUACCAAUACAGUUUAGUCUGCAGCAGUCUGUCCUGUGCAGCGAUAGCACAGCGAAGCCACCUGGACCACAAGACAACAAACCUUAACAGCCUACUUAACCCAGCAACGGUUUCUCAAAGCUACCAGUGACAGAUUGCUUAAGACCAAACCAAUGUGAAUCAGCUGCAACAGUGUAUUACUCCACAACUUUUCAAAACAAAAAGUGUGUUCUGAAUCUUCUCUGUAGUAAUAAAUCAUGUUUGCAGGCAUAGGUUUACUCCUGAUCCUCCUGCACUGAUUGUAUGUGGUGUAACAAAUUGGACAGUAAUGAUUGUGAGUGGAAUAAACUUCACACCCUACUGCAGUAGGAGGAGAGUGGUUAUU